CAAGUCGCCAGUCGCGUUUUAACGCCGCUUGCGUACGGUCAGUGACGUAUACUACAGCGGGCAUUCAUAGAACGCACGAUUUCGAUAUUUUAUCCGCAUCUUCACUAAAUGGAAAUGUCGGGGUAACUGAAAACAACCUCCAUAAGAGCUAUGGCGCGCAUUGUGUUGGCGGGAGGAGCAUUGCUCUACGUCCUAACUAUAGCGCUUGAGACGAGCGCACUCAUCCUCUUGCCGCACGACGUCCGCCCUGGCCACGCCGUCCGCCAUUUCGUCGGUAACCAUUCGAGGUACACUCUACUCGACCCUGAAUAUGCGCCGUAUUUCACUCUUCUGGACGAUGGACUUCUUAUGACGACAGCUGAUCUUGCACCACUGCUAAACCAACCUCUCAAUCUUGCCAUAUUGGAGCAAACGCCGUUUAGUAGUGCGGCUCAUUCAGUACACCUUUUGGUUAUGGAUCGCCGAAAGAUUCUACAUUUUGCCGAAACAAAUGGCUUACAUGGCGAGAUUUCCGAAAACGCUCCAGCUGGGACAGUGGUAGAGUUUCCAUCUAUAAGAGCCAAUGCACUGGUCAACGUAGGUCCUAUUGCUUAUAAGAUCGUGAAAGGUAAUGAGCAAUCUGUAUUUGCCCUUCGAGAUAAAGAGCAAAACAGUAAUUCCGAUAUCAGAUCAGUAAUAACGGAUGGUGACGUAGAAAUAAUUGCUACACAGCCCUUGGAUACUGAAUUUAAGAAUAUCUAUGAUUUAGUUAUUCAGGCUACAGACUUGCAUGGUGCAAGUAAGGCGAACCUUCCGGUUAGAAUUACUGUUAUUAAUGAGAAUGACCAUGAACCAACGUUUGAUCAGGAAAUAUAUUACUUUACGGUGAACGGUACUUGUGAAAACAAUUGUCGGAAUGGUACUGCGCAUUGGCAAAGGUUUUCAAAUAUUGGAAAAGUGCAUGCUGUUGACGCUGACGGAGAUCGUAUAUACUAUUCCAUCAAAACUCCUACCAAUCUCGCCGUAAUAGUACCACAAACAGGAGAGCUAAUACUUGCCGGCGAACCAGACAAUCAUGAAGCAGAAUUACAAAUUUUGGCUCACGAUACAGGAACUCCUCCGCGAAAAAGUCGCUACGCACAAGUAUUUAUCGAUUUCGUUAUCCGUGAACCGAAACAGUUACCUAUUCUUCAUCGUGAAAAGAGGAGAGUUACUCGCGCAGUUCGCCCAACAAAACGAAUUGAAUUCACUGAGGCCGACGGUGAAGUUGAAGGACGUGCUGUGUUUACACUCGAAAAAGAGACUGAUCGAGAAACUUUUAAGAUUCGCGAUGAAAAUCCGUGGGUUACAGUUGAACCAAGUGGUGUGGUGAAAGUUAAAAAGAAGUGGGACUAUGAGGAGUUAGGACCUGAGAAGACCAUCGACUUUUGGGUGACCAUAACAAAUGCUGGAAACGGAGUGGCGCUCAAAUAUACCGACAAUCAACGAGUGAUCAUCCACGUGAAGGACGUAAACGACGAGCCUCCAUACUUCAUCAACCGUCCUCUGCCGAUGCAGACGGUGGUGCAACUCAACGCGGCUCCCAACACCCCAGUCUUUACUCUCCAGGCCCGAGACCCGGACACAGACCACAACAUACACUACUUCAUCGUCAGAGACAGAACCGGUGGACGUUUCGAGGUGGACGAGCGUUCUGGCGUUGUCCGAACAAGGGGGACGGAUCCUUUCCAAUUGGAUAUGGAGUACGUGCUCUACGUUAAGGCCGAAGACCAGAGUGGACGAGUAGACGAGAGAAGAUUCCAGUCGACACCUGAAGAAAGGCUUAGCAUAGUCGGCGGGAAACGAGCCCCACAGUUCUAUCUCCCUAGCUAUGAGGCGGAGAUAGCUGAAAACCAGAAGAAAGAUUCCGACAUUAUAUCUGUGAAGGCGAAAUCGUUCGCUGACCGCGAGAUCCGGUACACUCUGAAAGCCCAAGGUCAAGGUGCUGGCACGUUUAACAUUGGACCUACAUCGGGAAUAGUGAAGUUGGCAAAGGAGCUGGACUUUGAAGAUUUGCGGCAACCACAUGUUUACUCCCUGGUAGUAACCGCUACUGAAGAUUCUGGAGGCUUCUCUACGUCAGUUGAAUUAACAAUUCGAGUGACGGACGUGAACGAUAACGCGCCAAAGUUCGAGCUUCCAGACUACCAAGCUCACAACGUCGACGAGGAUAUCCCACUGGGCACCAGUAUCCUCAAGGUUAAGGCUAUGGAUGCAGACUCCGGGAAAAACGCCGAAAUUGAAUAUUUGGUUUCAGAUGACCACUUCAGUGUGGAUUCCAACGGCAUCAUCACGAAUAAUAAGCAGUUAGACGCCGACAAUAAUAACGCUUAUUACGAGUUCGUUGUCACUGCCAAAGACAAAGGUGAGCCAGCCAAAACAGGUACCGCUACAGUCAGAAUAUACACAAAAAACAAGAACGACGAAGAACCGAAAUUCUCUCAGCAAGUAUACACACCAAAUGUUGAUGAAAACGCUGGUCCGAAUACAUUGGUGACAACGGUUGUCGCAUCUGACAAAGACGGUGAUAAUGUCCGAUUUGGUUUUGUGGGUGGAGGCACCAGUUCGGGGCAGUUCGUUAUCGAGGAAAUAACAGGUGUAAUUAGAUUGCAUAAUAAACUUAUUUCAUUGGAUAGAGACAAAUAUGAACUAAACGUAACUGCGAUGGAUGAUGGAGCAUGUUGCGUUAAUGGAGAUGCCACUAUACACACUUCUACAGCUGUCGUAGUCGUUUUUAUAACCGAUGUAAAUGAUAACAAACCAAUAUUUAAAGACUGCCCUACGUAUUUUCCGAAAGUUGAAGAAGGAGCUCCAAAUGGGAGUCCUGUCAUAAAAGUACACGCGACAGAUGAAGAUAAAGGUGUAAACGGACAGGUUAAAUAUUCCAUAGUGCAGCAACCUAACCAGAAAGGCACGAAGUUUACAGUGGAUGAAGAAACAGGAGAAGUUUCGACUAAUAAAGUAUUCGAUAGAGAAGGCGAUGACGGAAAAUUUGUCUCAGUUACUGUAAAAGCAACUGAUCAAGGAGAGCCGUCAUUAGAGGGAGUAUGUUCCUUUACAGUUGAAAUCACCGAUGUAAAUGAUAAUCCUCCACUGUUUGAUAGACAAAAAUAUGUGGAGAAUGUAAAGCAAGAUGCCAGUAUUGGCACUAACAUACUAAGAGUGUCGGCAUCUGACGAAGAUGCCGACAAUAACGGUGCCAUAGUUUAUACAUUAAGCGCCCCCUACAAUCCUGCUGAUAUCGAAUACUUUGAGAUCCAACCUGAAUCAGGCUGGAUCGUUUUAAAGAAACCUCUAGACCGAGAAACGUACAAGUUGGAGGCUAUGGCUCAAGACAAGGGCUUCCCGCCCUUGUCCCGAACCGUGGAGGUCCAGAUAGACGUAGUGGAUCGCGCGAACAAUCCCCCCGUGUGGGACCACACGGUGUACGGCCCGAUCUACAUUCGAGAGAAUUUGCCCGUGGGUGCCAAAGUGGUGUCCGUUAAAGCAAGCUCCGGAAUAGAAAACAACCCCACAGUGUUCUAUCGGCUAAUGCCCGGCUCUACGGCUCAAACGAACAAGUUCCACACUUUCUAUUUGCAACAGAGAGCCGAUAAUGGGUUUACUUGGGCCGAUAUUAAAGUCAAUCAUCCGCUGGAUUAUGAAAGUAUUAAGGAAUACAAUCUUACUAUUCGAGUUGAGAACAACGGAGCUCAGCAGUUAGCUUCCGAAGCUACAGUCUUCAUCAUGUUGGAAGACGUCAAUGAUGAGAUACCACUCUUCACUGAACGAGAACAAGAGACCGUUCUGGAAGGGGAGCCCAUCGGCACCAAAGUGACGCAGGUCAACGCUAUCGACAAAGAUGGCACGUUCCCUAAUAAUCAAGUGUACUACUACAUCGUGGAUUCGCCGCGGAACGAAGGCAAGGACUUCUUCGAGAUCAGCAUGCAGACAGGCGAGAUCUUCACGAAGGUGGUGUUCGAUCGAGAGAAGCAAGGAGCCUACGCGUUGGAGGUGGAGGCCAGGGAUGGAGCGCCGUCGGCCAGGCCCAACUCCGAUAAUCAACCAAAUUCAGUGACCAAGUUUAUCCGCAUCGGCAUCGCGGACAAGAAUGACAACCCGCCGUACUUCGACAAGGAGCUAUACGAGGCGGAAGUCGACGAGAAUGAAGACAUCCAGCACACCGUUCUCACCGUCACCGCCAAAGAUCACGACGAAUCAUCGCGUAUUCGAUACGAGAUCACGAGCGGGAACAUAGGGGGUGCCUUCGCAGUCAAGAACAUGACUGGCGCCAUCUAUGUGGCGGGGGCGCUCGACUAUGAAACCAGGAAACGGUACGAACUGAAGUUGGCUGCAUCGGACAACCUCAAAGAAAACUACACGACCGUAGUGAUUCACGUGAAGGACGUGAACGAUAAUCCCCCCGUGUUCGAGAGACCCACAUAUCGAACCCAAAUCACCGAGGAAGACGACCGCAAUCUCCCCAAGCGGGUGCUACAGGUUACUGCAACCGAUGGUGAUAAAGAUAGACAGCAAAACAUUGUUUAUUUCCUCACUGGCCAAGGCAUUGACCCUGAUAAUCCUUCAAACAGCAAGUUUGAUAUCAAUCGAACAACAGGAGAAAUAUUUGUGUUAAAACCCUUGGAUCGUGAUCAACCCAAUGGAAGGCCACAAUGGAGAUUUACAGUAUUUGCUCAAGAUGAAGGAGGAGAAGGGCUUGUAGGUUACGCUGAUGUACAAGUGAAUCUCAAAGAUAUUAACGAUAACUCUCCGAUAUUCCCACAAGGCGUAUACUUUGGCAAUGUCACCGAAAAUGGAACUGCAGGCAUGGUCGUUAUGACAAUGACUGCUAUCGAUUAUGACGACCCUGCUGAAAGUAAUAAUGCCAAACUUUGGUAUUCAAUAGAAAAAAAUGUAAUAGAAGAAGAAACCGGCUCUCCUAUUUUCGAGAUAGAACCAGAAACUGGUGUAAUCAAAACCGCAGUGUGUUGCUUAGAUCGUGAAAGAACACCAGAUUAUUCAAUACAAAUAGUAGCAUCAGAUGGUGGGGGGCUAAAAGGGACAGGUACAGCUUCUAUUCGAGUGAAAGAUAUAAAUGACAUGCCGCCCCAGUUUACAAAAGAUGAAUGGUUCACGGAAGUUGAUGAAACAGAUGGAAAUAAUUUGCCUGAAAUGCCAAUUUUGACCGUAACUGUUCAUGAUGAAGACGAAACUAAUAAAUUCCAGUAUAAAGUAAUAGAGAAUAGUGGAUAUGGUGCUGAUAAGUUCACCAUGGUUAGAAAUAAUGAUGGUACUGGUUCUUUAAAAAUUGUACAGCCUUUAGACUAUGAAGACCAGCUACAAAGUAAUGGUUUUAGAUUUAGAAUUCAAGUAAACGAUAAAGGUGAAGACAACGAUAAUGACAAAUAUCACGUAGCUUAUUCGUGGGUAGUAGUAAAACUAAGAGAUAUAAAUGAUAAUAAACCACAAUUUGAACGAGCAAAUAUCGAAGUAUCGGUCUAUGAAAAUGCGGAAGUUGGUAAAAGCCUUGAAACAUUUAAAGCAACUGACCCAGAUCAAGGUGGUAAAAGUAAAGUUUCAUAUGCUAUUGAUAGAUCAUCGGAUAGAAAACGGCAGUUUUCUAUAAAUCAAGAGGGAACUGUCAGUAUUCAAAGAUCUUUGGACAGAGAAGAUACUCCUAGACAUCAAGUAAAGAUUUUGGCUAUUGAUGACGGCGUUCCUCCCAGAACAGCAACAGCUACUUUAACUGUUAUAGUACAAGAUAUUAAUGACAAUGCACCUACUUUCUUAAAAGACUAUAGACCAGUUUUAACUGAACACAUAACACCCAAAAAAGUAGCUGAAAUACUAGCCACUGACGAUGAUGAUAGAUCGAAAAGUAACGGUCCGCCAUUCCAAUUUAGACUUGAUCCAGGUGCAGAUGAUAUAAUUAGAGCAUCAUUUAAAGUUGAACAAGAUCAGAAAGGUGCAAAUGGAGAUGGUAUGGCAAUCGUUUCGUCCCUUCGAUCAUUUGACAGAGAACAACAAAAAGAGUAUCUUAUUCCCAUAAUCAUUAAAGAUCAUGGCAAUCCAGCAAUGACUGGUACAAGUACAUUAACUGUUGUAAUCGGCGAUGUCAAUGAUAACAAAAUGCAACCAGGAUCCAAGGAGAUCCUGAUAUAUAAUUAUCAAGGACAGGCACCAGAUACCGAAAUUGGACGAGUUUAUGUGUACGACCUUGAUGACUGGGAUUUGCCUGACAAGAAGUUUUUCUGGGAAACAACUGAACACCCUAAUUUUACUCUUAAUGAAGAAACAGGUAUGGUACAAAUGAAACAUAAAACAAGAGAAGGUCGGUAUCAUCUGAAGUUUAAAGUAUACGAUAGAAAACAUACACAAACGGAUGUGCCGGCUAAUGUGACAGUAUAUGUAAAAGAAAUAUCUCACGACGCUAUAAUAAAUUCUGGUUCAAUACGAAUAUCGGGAAUAUCAGAUGAAGAUUUUAUUCGAGUUUGGAAUUAUAAAACACUAAGUGUAUCAAGAAGUAAGCUUGAUAUAUUUAAAGAUAAAUUGGCUGACUUACUUAAUACCGAAAGAGAGAACAUUGACAUAUUUAGUGUUCAAUUAAGGAAGAAACACCCACCUAUAACCGAUAUACGUUUCUCAGCACAUGGCGCCCAUUAUUAUAAACCUAUCCGAUUAAAUGGAAUUGUUCUCAUGCAUCGUGAAGAAAUUGAGAGAACCGUUGGUAUAAAUAUUACGAUGGUAGGCAUUGAUGAGUGUCUACAUGAAAAUCAAAUGUGUGAAGGAUCUUGUACAAACGUAUUAGACAUAAGUAAUUUACCGUACAUGGUGAAUGCCAAUAAAACAGCUCUCGUUGGGGUAAGAGUCGAUGUUAUCGCUGAGUGUACGUGUGGUGCUAGAAACUUUACCCAGGCAGAAACUUGUCGCAACUCUCCUUGUUAUAAUGGAGGCAGAUGCAUCGAAGGUAAAUAUGGUCUUACUUGCUCAUGUCCCUCGGGAUAUACUGGACCACGAUGUCAGCAAACAUCUAGAAGCUUCAGAGGUACUGGGUGGGCCUGGUAUCCAUCUCUGGAAAUGUGUGAUAGUUCACAUUUGAGUUUUGAAUUUAUAACAAGAAAAUCAGAAGGAGUUUUACUUUAUAAUGGACCAAUAGUACCUCCUGAACCCGAAGAAAUAGUAGUCUCAGAUUUCAUCUCCGUUGAAUUAGAAAGAGGCAACCCACGAUUAUUAAUAGAUUUUGGUUCCGGAACGUUAGAGCUAAGAGUAAAAACCAAAAAAUCUUUGGAUGAUGGUGAAUGGCACAGAUUGGACAUAUUUUGGGAUAGUGAAAAUGUUAGAAUGAUAGUAGACUUUUGUAAAUCAGCGGACAUUCAGGAAAUGGAAGAUGGCACACCACCGGAAUUUGACGAUUCAACAUGUCAAGCGACGGGGACGAUACCUCCAUUUAAUGAAUAUUUAAAUGUCAAUGCACCUUUGCAAAUUGGGGGAUUAUACAUAGAACAUUUUGAUCCCACGCAUUAUCACUGGCAGUAUAUGCCUAUUGGAAAAGGUUUUGAUGGGUGUAUAAGAAAUUUAAUUCACAACAGCAAGUUGUACGACUUAGCUCACCCUGGACUCUCCCGAAAUUCUGUAGCUGGCUGUCCACAGACUGAAGAAAUUUGUGUAUCAGCAGAUCCUAGAUGUUGGGAACAUGGAAACUGUGUAGGUAGUUUUUCUGAAGCAAGAUGUCAGUGUCAACCGGGAUGGACUGGGCCUGCAUGUAAUCUUCCAACUACUCCUACUAGUUUUAGACCACAAAGCUACGUGAAAUUUGCUUUAAGUUUUGAACCUGAUAGAUUUAGCACUCAAAUUCAACUGCGAUUCAGAACUCGUGAACCUCAUGGGGAACUGUUCAGAGUAAGCGAUCAACAUAAUCGUGAAUACGGAAUAUUGGAAGUAAAAGAUUCCCGGUUACACUUCCGCUUCAAUCUGAACUCCUUGCGAACAGAAGAACGCGAUGUUUGGCUAAAUUCUGUAGCAGUGGAUGAUGGUCAAUGGCAUAUAGCGCGUGUCAGUAGAUACGGUAGCGCAGCAACACUAGAAAUUGAUGGCGGCGAGGGAAGAAGAUAUAAUGAAACAUUCACCUUUGAAGGCCAUCAAUGGUUACUAGUUGAUAAACAGGAAGGCGUAUAUGCUGGAGGUAAAGCUGAAUAUACAGGUGUCAGGACAUUUGAAGUAUAUGCUGACUUCCAAAAGGGCUGUUUAGAUGACAUUCGGUUAGAAGGAAAACACUUGCCUUUGCCACCAGCUAUGAAUGGUACGCAAUGGGGUCAAGCCACAAUGGCAAGAAAUUUAGAUCGAAAUUGCCCAUCCAACAGUCCGUGUAUCAAUGUACACUGUACCGAGCCUUUUGUGUGUGUUGACCUCUGGAAUGAAUACGAAUGCACGUGUCCGGAUGGAUCAACUCGCGCUGCCGGUACGUGCGUCAACGUGAACGAGUGCGUCCACAACCCCUGCCUCAACGGAGGCACCUGCGUGGACCGCGAGCCGGCGCGGCGCUACGACUGCAUCUGCCCCUUCGGUUACACUGGCCACGAUUGUGAACUAGAGUUGCUCGCGUCAGGGAUCAUCAUGCCGUCCAGGGAUUUCAUUAUAGCUAUCAUUGUCUGUUUGUUUUUGCUUCUAGUUCUUGUACUGGUGUUCGUGGUGUAUAACCGACGUCGAGAAGCCCACAUCAAAUACCCGGGCCCCGAUGACGACGUUCGUGAGAACAUAAUAAACUACGACGACGAAGGCGGCGGCGAAGACGAUAUGACUGCUUUUGACAUAACACCACUUCAAAUCCCCAUCGGUGGCCCGCUUCCUGAUCAUAUUCCAUCAAAAUUACCAUAUCCAUUAAUGGGUGUGGGGCUCGGCGUGGGUCCAAUGGGCGUGGGUGUAACCCCUGCUGUCGGCGUUGCUCUUCCCGGCGAGACUAACGUGGGGAUGUUCAUCGAGGAGCACAAGCGCAGAGCGGACAGCGACCCCAAUGCGCCGCCCUUCGAUGAUCUGCGGAACUACGCUUAUGAGGGCGGCGGCAGCACUGCAGGCUCUUUGUCUUCUCUUGCCUCAGGAACCGACGACGAAGUGCACGACUACGACUACCUGGGCGCGUGGGGCCCGCGCUUUGACAAGCUGGCCGACAUCUACGGGCCGGACCUGGACGAGCAACUGUAGACCCGGGGCCGCCCGAGCGCUACUUAGUCAAUUGUCUACCACUAACCCCACCCACAGUCACACUACCUGCUCUGAAGGGAGAACGCACCCCACGAAUUUUGUCGACUAAACUAAGAAUUCGGAAGCGCACUCGGAAUCUGCUACGCCGUGACUCGCAUUUCUUAUAAAUUUUUCUACAAGUUUAUUUUAUACAAUAGAAAAUCUUAGCUUAAGUGUCUUGUUUAAGGCGUAGGUAUAUAUACGUUUAAUUGCGUAACUUUUUAUAAGGUUCGAACCGGUAUCUUCACCAAAUAUUUGAUAUAAGUUUUAUUCGAGUUAGCCAUAUUAUGAGUCAGUAUUUUAUUGGAAGUUAUCGAGAUAAGUGGAUUUCUGCCGGAGGGCCCGACGUGAGUCUGAACCGUGGGUGUUUGUAGAUAGUGUGCUAUAAAUGUGAAUAAUUUAUACGAAUAUUUUGUAAGUCCACAGCUUUACGUGAUAUCACUUAAUGUACGGCCCUUCCGCAUUAAAUCGAUGUACCUACUAUUGAAAAUAUGUUAUAUUUUAUAAUUAAUUAUAAUGAUAAUAAUGGUCCCUUUGGACGUCGAGUUUAUAAUGCUCAUUCGAUAUGUGAAAUAUUCAGCGGGGAUGUACAUACGAUAAAUUACCUACCCCGACCUAUCUUAGUUUAAUGUAAAACAAUUCACGCUCUACUCGAAAUUUCAUUGUUAAGUGAACUGUACAGUAACUGGUGUUCCUCUCCAAGUCUCCAUGUAGUGUUAGUUGGUAAACUAGAUUAUCCGUGAAGGUCUACGGUCUACUCGUUACAGUAGCUAAUUGUAAUAGUGUUGCAUGGUGGCGAGUUUCAUUCGGUGUGCGUGGCGGAGUGAGUGAGCGAGCGAGGGAGCGGGAGUGGCACGCGCACGAAGCGUGCCGCCGCAGCGUGCCGUCGAGCGUGCCGCUGAGCGUGCCGUCGAGCGUGCCGCCGCAGCGUGCCGUCGGUGCGUGCGAUGCGCCGCCAGUAUGAAUGGGAAUGUGCCAAUCUAUUAGCAUUAUCGGUGCGUCUGAUGACCGUAGAGUUAAGUGUUUGCACUUUAUUUAUUCAAUAUAUUUACGUAUAAUCUUAGUCGCACCUAGGGAAAUAUCAAUAACUUACUAAGAGUGUUGUGCUAGAAUUAUUCCAUCGAUUUUGACGUGAGAUAGUUAUUACAGCCGUUUAGAAGUCAUUAAUUUAAUACUAAUUUUUAAGAUUUUAUAGUGAAAUAAUUAAUUAAAGUACAGGUUCGAAAAAACUGUCUCACUUCGACAUCGAACUAGGAUCAGUGUAAAUUUUAGAAUAUACUGAAUUAUGUUAAAAUGACUGAUUUUAUUAUGCGUUCAAGCCUAAGAUUUUGUAGAUUGGGUUGUUUAAUUAUAGACUUCGAAUACCUACUAUAAGAACACUACUAGUUUGCACACGAAAAAAAAAACUAUUCAAAUUUCAAUAAAUAAAGCAAUUAUCGUUAAUUAAUAUUCAUGUAAGUAGAAGUUUAAUAGUUGUUCGGAAUCGAUAUCUAGGUUUUUAUUAUUAUUUUACGUAUAAUAUUACACUGCCAAUAAUCAUAUAUAGACGAAAAAUAUAUGGUAUAGAAAAAGUUUUGGUCCGUUUUUUUAUAUUUGUGUCUUUUUUACAAUAAGGUGUUUUAUUAAGUUUUUUUAACUAUUUAUUAUGAAACCGUACUUUCCCCCUCACGACAGAAUUGUGCAUUUAAAUGCACAGACUAGCUCUUUCUUUUUCUUGAAAACUCUGAGUAGACUGAAACCGUCUUUUAUUAUAUUUUAAGGUGCCUACUUACUUACGAAAUAUUUAUUUAUAAUAGUUUGAGUACUGUAUCGUCUGUGCUUUUGUUGAGAUCUAUGCGGAGCGUAAACCGCAGUAAUGUAUAAUAUUUUCGAAAUUUUACUAUUUCUGAGCGCCUUAUUUAAAUUUCUAGUAAAUGUACAUGAUUUUGGAGCUAGCCUAUUCUUAAUUUUAAUGUGAAGGCCAAAACCAUAAAGACAUAACCUAUAAUAAAAUCUUUAUGCUCCAGUGUCACGUUUAAACUUUAAAUAGUCGCUCAGUAUUUCUAAUAGAAAAUUGUAAAGAUAGAUAAUUUUACUUCAACAAGCAGUCCAUAUAAUGUUUUUGUUACAUAAAUUUCCACGAUUUUUAACUUUAACUAUAGAAAAUGUGUUUAAAAAUUACGCUUCAACUACUUCAACACAAGUUAGUAAGCACAAUUUCAUCAUAACACUGGACAUACAAUGUGCAUUGAAUGUUUACUAUUCUCUACAAAAAUACCCACUCUACAAAAAUCGGAUCAAGCCGGAGAACAUUGUACAAUUGAUUACUAUCAUCUAAUUUUCCGUAAGUUUUACCUACGUUCGUUCCAAGCUUCAGCAUGAAGAGACGCUCAACUUUUUCGAUUAUAAAAAUCGCAAUCGUUAGUAGCUAACAGGGGUAGCAGGGACAAUUGAGUUUUUUUUACAAGGAAAAAUUAUGAACCUCUUGACGAUGAAUAAACACUAUGGAAAUUUCCCUUUUGACAGUAAUCAAUUGUAAAAAAAUCCGCGGAUCUUUGAGUAUAUGAUCUAACAUGGUCUUCCCGCUAUGCGACUUGUAUGUUCCUCACAACGAAAACUUCAUUAAAAAUAAAGCUAGCUCCACAUGUAAUAAAUAGUAAUGCUGGAAAAGCAAGCAACUAUACUACAGCCUUUCUUGAUGAGUACUGUUUACCAGCAAACAAAUUAAAAAUGAGGGUAUAAAUCACUAGUCAUUUCACACCUAAUAAUAAUUAUAAUUAACUCGGUCUUAAAUUAAUGAAAAUAAAUUUGAUUAAUAAGCUUAGAACAAUUGUGGUUAAUAUAUAUUAUAUAUCAUUUUAUAAACAAACCAUACAUAAUUUAAAAUAAAUAAGUUAUGAAAUGCAUUUUCUACCUUCAUUUCUAAUUUCUUUGUUGGUAAAUAGUACUUAUCAAGAAAGGCUUUAGUAUAGAACACCUACUACGCAAGUUCUAACACAUCCGCCAAUACAAUCUACAUUGCUUUGAGUGCCACGUACCUAACUCGCGGUUCGUGUUGCUUUUCCAGCAUUGUGAUUUGUGUUGCUUGAUUUUCCGGCACACGAGUGCAGGGCGGGCGGCGCAUGUUUCACGAUAUAUAUCAUAAAGAUUCACGGUUUUCGUUGAGUAGUAAAUCUUUGUUGUGCAUACUAUGUCCUAUUUCCGUGAAAUGCAACCUAUUCAAUAAUUUAUAUCGAU